AUGUGCUCAAAGUGCUACCGCGACCACCUCAAGGCCGGAGAUGUGGCUGCCCCCGCCGUCGAGGGGAAGCUCACGUUUGACGACCUCAUCCUCGCCUUCAAGAAGUCGGUGAACCUGCAGGACUCUACCGCGGCACCGGCCGCGGAGGCGGCAGCGAAGAAGUCGGCGCCAAACAGGUGCAUGGCGUGCAAGAAGAAGGUCGGGCUGCUGGGAUUCGCGUGCCGCUGCGGUGGCACCUUCUGCUCGCUGCACCGCUACGUGGACGGGCACGCAUGCAGUUUCGACUACAAGAAGGUCGGCCGGGAGCAGAUCGCGCAGCAGAAUCCUCUCGUCGCGCCGUCCAAGCUCCACAACAAGAUUUGA